GUAGUGGGUAAAUGAAAAAAGUGUUCUGGGUUGGUUUAAUAUCGAUCAUUUUGUACACGAGAACAAGGAGAAAUCGAAAGCCUGCCCAGGAGCCUCGGAAGAGAUACAAUCACUAAGUGAUCGACACUCGUGGAGUCCCCGUCACCGUCUGAACACCGCGGACAUGAGACAACUAUUGCUGUUGUGGGCUGCGUGGAUUUUCAGCGCUUCGGCCGUGCUGUACGACCGGAAAAGGGAUUUUGAUGACCUUCUUAAAGACGAAGGUGUCCUGGCUGUGUACUAUGCGAGCACGAAGACCAUGUGUUCCAGUUACUGUCUGGCCAGGCAAUGCCACUCCUUCUUCCACAACGAUCUGACGUACGAGUGUCAUAUACUCAACGAAACGUUUUCCACCAACGCGGGGUCCAACAGCGACCCUGGAUCUAAAUAUUUUACCAUUUCAGAAGGAAACGAUCUGUCCAGCAAUGCGCCCAGCGGAAGCUGUUCUGCUGCGGCUGAGAGCGACGGCUUCACCUACGAUGCAGAUAGUGGACUCUGCUUCAAGAUUCACGACACCACCGCGGACUGGAACCAAGCCAAGUCUCAGUGUGAUGGUGCAGGCUAUCGGCUCAUUGUGCUGGAUAAUGAAGUGAAGGCAGGGUUUAUGGCCAACUUACUGAAUACAGAUUCAAGCCACACACAGGAUGGUUACUGGAUGGGGCUGUCGUACGCUCAGGGCUGGGAGGAUGGUUCAUCUCUGGUUUACCCCAACUGGGGGGAUGAGUUACAGGUGCUCGACACUGGCAAAUGUGCCCUCCACUUCCGAAUCUACAGCUAUCAGUGGAAGUCCGAACACUGCAACUCUUCAAGAGGCUUCAUCUGCGAGGCCUUCUGAAGAAGCGUCCAGGGCAGAGCUCAGUCCAGUUAGACCAAACACCCACCGUCGCCAUCUUGCAAAACAAAACCUGAUACAGCUGGAAAACUAUCAACAAGAACUGUUAUGCUUUGCUGAAAGAUUACCGAGAGAAAUUGUGUCUAAUUCUCGGAAAACCUAUCCAAACACUACGACUGGUAUAAAACGAAGGUUCUGAUGUCCCUGCAAGGUCAUGUACAGAGUCAAUUGGAUAAUUCUUCUUUGGUGUUUCCUGAAAAUAAAUGAGGGCAAGACCUUUUCGGGAAUAA